AUUCCGAGGACCAUAUUGAAGGCAAUGAGGAACCACAGUGUUUUCUCUGAGUUCAUUCUCUUGGGACUAUCUUCUGACCCCCAGAUCCAAGCUCUGCUCUUUGUGCUCUUCCUUGGCAUUUACCUCCUGACCCUGAUGGGGAACCUGCUGCUGCUGCUGCUGAUCAGGGUUGAUUCGCAUCUUCACAUCCCCAUGUACUUUUUCCUGGGACAUCUGUCCUUCCUGGAUCUCUGCCACUCCUCUGUCACCGUGCCCAAGCUGAUGGAGAACCUCCUGUCUGAGGAGAAAACUAUCUCAGUGGAGGGCUGCCUGGCUCAGGUGUUCUUUGUGUUUGCCACGGGGGGCACUGAAUCCUGCCUACUCGCUGUGAUGGCCUAUGACCGCUACGUUGCCAUUAGCUCUCCCCUGCUCUAUGGCCAGGUGAUGAACAGACAGCGGUGUGUGGGGCUGGCUUGGGGCUCAUGGGGCUUGGCUUUUCUGGAUGCUCUCACCAAUAUUAUUGUAGCGCUCAGUUUAGACUUCUGUGAGGCUCACAAUAUCCACCACUUCUGCUGCGAGCUGUCCUCUCUCUACCCUUUGUCCUGCUCUGAUGUGACAGCAAGCUUUAUUGCCUUGCUCUGCUCUAGCAUCCUGCAUUUCUUCGGAAAUUUUCUCCUGAUCGUUUUCUCCUAUGUUCGGAUUUUGUCCACUAUCCUGAGCAUCAGCUCUACUACAGGUAGAGGCAAGGCCUUCUCCACCUGCUCCUCCCACCUCAUGGCAGUGGGCUUCUUUUACGGCUCAGGAUUUCUCCGCUAUCUCAUGCCAAAUUCAGAAUCCACUCGAGAGUUAAUCUUCUCCUUGCAGUACAGUGUGAUUACCCCCAUGCUGAAUCCUCUCAUCUAUAGCCUGAAGAACAAGGAGGUGAAGGCAGCUCUGAAAAGGAUGUUGAGAAAAUGUUCCUAG